AUGGUUGUUGUGACCGAUCCCAACCUGUUGAUGCUGACGAUCGCCUCCUCACUUGUCACAGCCUCCCAAGGCCAGAGUGCCGCUGGAGUCUUCUUGCUCAUGGAAUAUGAAACUUACAGCUUCAACUUCACUGCUGCGUCCACUGCAUGCCACUCACAUCACGGCACCAUGGCGACCGCCGCCAAUGUGGAGGAGGCACUUCGGCAUGGACUGGAGACCUGCAAAUUUGGCUGGGUGGCAGAACAGGUGGCCGUCAUCCCGAGACGCACAGUGAGCAGUAGGUGUGGAAAUGGCAAAACGGGGCUAGUGAAGUGGUAUGCCAGGCUGGACCAGGCUUUUGGGGUCUUCUGCUUCUCUGCCACAGCCCAUAUCUCUACUUCCUCUACACCUCUUCCUUACCAUGCCUCAUACUCACCUUCUUCAGCUCAUCCACUUCCUUCUCAUGUCAUCACUUCAUCCUUGUCGUCGAGCACUUCGGCCCAGACUUAUGCUUCUAAUCAGCAGAUGCCCACCAAGCCCCCCCAGAAAGCAUUUUGGGCAGUGCUCAUCAUCCUUGGUGUUGCCUUCCUGAUGGUGACAGUGACCGGAGUCUUGUGUUACUACUACAGACUGAAAAAUGAGCCAUUUAGGUCCCGGGCCCUACAAGGUGACGACGUGGAAGCUGAAAUGUGGAAGCCCACCAACAGCCGGACAGCUAUUAAUCAUCCGCUAAACGAAGACCACGAGGAGGAAGAAGAAGAGGAGGAAAGAGAUGCAAAGUACUCCAGUGACAUCAUGCUGUGUGUGAACCCACAAUUGAGGAGUGGCAACAACACAAUAUCAUGA